UAGUUCGUAAUACAUUCAAAUAGUCUUGAUCGAAGAUUCAUAAAAAGUUAGUCUCCUGAGUGAAGCUAAGAUAAAAAAAGAUUAAAAAAGAGUAUCUAAAUACUUUCUCGUUAAACGGAGUAGGUUGAAGGCGAAUUUGUUUAUUAAAGCUAACGGAAUAAAUAGUCACGUAACAAGAACUGUAAAAUUGUCUUUUGGAGCGAAACUGUAUUUCCUAUAAAUUGUUUGCGUAGACCGCGGGCCACAUUCAUCCCGCGAGGCCACGGUUGCCCAUGCGUGUUCUAGAUGACAUUGCUUUUGCGUUGAUCACCCUGAACUACACUAAUUAUAAGUUAAUCAGUCGAUGUCUGCGCGUCCACGGUUUCUCUCAUCUGGCUACAUUUACCUGUGUUUUCAACGAUUAACAAGCUAGACACGAAGCCUUAAUUGGAUCCUUAUUAUUGGCAGAUGAGUGAAAACGCAUACAUCCAAGCAUUUUCGUGCUUACACAGACACUUUUCAUAAAAUUGGACGGAUAUCCUGAACUAGUCCGUGGUAUUUUAUGUCAGUAACUGUACAUAAAAUUCUAGUGCAUGGAUCAGAUGUAAUAAAACAUUCCAUUCUUCCAAUUGGACAGUUAUCGGGGCACGUCCAGGAGCGUCGUCAUAAAGAUACAGAGAUGCAUCGAGAACAUUUUAAAAAGCCAUCAUCAAGGAUGCCAUAAAUAUUUUUUUUUGUAACUUGUAAUCACCUCAUUAGGAACUGCCGCAGUUAAAGUUACCGGUUACGGUUGCUCACGAAAUGAAAACAAAUAAACGAAGGGAAAUUCUUCCUACGAGUGUAUAUACGUUCGAAAAAAUGACGAACUCGGAUCGUAAAAGAUUUGAUCGUUUGGACCGUUCCUCGAUCGAGUCCUUCGUUUGCGAUCAAGUCAGCGGUAGCGGUAUAGUUGAAGCAACUGUAGCAGUAGGGGCCCAACAUGUGCUAGGUCUCAAGUGGCUGGUGCAACGGUCAGUCAGUCGGUCAUCGUCUUUCGCUCGUGUUCUUCAAAGAUUCGUGAGAACCACGUGGAUGCGUUCGCAUCAUAGUCGACAUGGUCCUCAGGCAUCUUCCGAUCACCCUUGUGCAACUCGUCGCGCUCACGAGCAUCGUGUUCCCAACGGAAGCGCGGUGGAGUGUUUUAUCGCGUGUGUCGAGCAGUGUUUGCGCUCUGAUCGUCUUCCCAUUAAACACGCAUCAAUGGUCGUUGAUGGGCUUGAAUCUGUGGCCGAGUCUCGCCCCGAGACCUAAUCAAACCCAAAUCGCGUCGAGGCCAUCCGACGGGACGAUUUUUGACAAGUAUUCCAUCUCUAGGGUUUUAAACUUCUUUCCCACCCCCGUGCAAGAGGAGUGCCUAUCCCAGGACAAACGGCGACAGGGCUUAUGCAUGAACACGUAUGAGUGUCGCAUUCAGCAGGGGAAGUCCCAUGGACCGUGUGCACUUGGCUUUGGCGUGUGUUGCAUAUUCACGGCAAGUUGCGCGGAGGAGGUGCAAAAUAAUCUGACCUACGUGAUCAGUCCUGGUUUUCCCAACCUCAUCGACUGGCCCAUGAACUGUUCGGUGGUCGUACGGAAGAUCGAUAGGCAGGUCAGCCAGCUCAGGAUCGAUUUCGUCCACUUCAACAUAGGUCAACCCAACGCUAGGACGGGCGUAUGUGACGAAGAUAUCAUGGAAAUCAGAAAUGGUAGGAGCGUGUUUCAAAUGUGCGGUUGGAACAGUGGCCAGCAUUUAUACGUAGACUUGGACGAAGACGAUCAGUCCCUGACGUUGGACUUUCGCUUACCCAGCGAUCUGCAGUCUCGCAUGUGGGAGAUGCGAAUCGUUCAACUAGCUUUCGAGCAGCGUGCUCCGAGCGGAUGUCUUCAGCACUACCAUGGCGUCAACGGCACCCUGAAGACGUUCAAUUACUUGUCGAACGGCAGAUUCCUUGCGGACCAAGAUUACCUGAUCUGCGUUCGCCAGGAAAGAGGGAUGUGCGGGAUUUCCUACGUACCUUGUACGCCGGACUCCUUCCGGAUCGGUCCUCGAAGGAUGCAGGCGACGAACGCCAACGAUAUCAACGCCAACAAUACCAACGCCAACGCGUCCCUUGAUGAGAACUCGGUUGGAAACUCCACUGCCCAGAACACGACCAACGAUGACAAUUCUGUGAACAACACGGAGGUGGAUAUGGAAGGAUCAGGAACGAAUCCCAUGGAACAAGAAGUUGCUGCUUCGAUGAACGACUCGAGUCCCACGAUGCAAGACGCCGUCUCGAUGAACACGGAGUCUUACGGGCAGCCACGGUGCAGGGACAGGGUGCUCAUCCCUUGUGACUUCGAGGAAUUUAUCACGCCUGGGAACAACGAGGCUGGAAUUUGCAACCUAGAGCACUGUGGUGACUCUCUGUGCGAUCAAAAUGAGGUGGACGAAGAAGGAAACUGCCGCGUGGAGACUUGGGCAACGCCCUUUCGUAUAAGGGUGGCUUUUGGUAGUGGACAGGACACAGGAACCACGCUGGAGGACAAUAUUGGCAUGUGUCUCGUGUACGAACAAUUACCAUGCGUGUCUUGAACGAGCUAAUGAUAAAUGGGCUCGGUUAGUGGAAAGGUACGAGUCUGAAAUUCGUACAGGUCAUCCGAACAUUGAUACCCUUCGUUCGAUCGAUCAUAGCUUCGUGCGUCAGUUCCACACGGAGAUUAAUUCGUUACCAAUUGUGGCAUACUCGUUUUUUUUUUUUCGAUAUAUCUGACUUAUUACCUUAUUUUCAACGUUUAAUUUAAGCUUAGACCGAUACGUGUGCUGUGUAUAUAUUUUCUUAUUUCUUAUCUUAUUUAUUUAUUUAUAUAGUAUCGAUAAGAGAAAAAUAUAGUUACGAAUAAAGCUGCAAACGUCACGAAAAUAUAUUCAUAUUUCAACGAAUCACCGACAUAUUCA